GUCGGGUGUCUCCGUCCAUCCGCCUGACGUUCAAGUUCGUCACGUCCGUGCACUUGAACUUGCUACAGCUCAUAGGGGGGGGGGGAGGGGGGGUUGAGGGGGGGGGUGGGGGGGGGGGGGGGGGGCUUUUGCCAUUUUUUCCAUCUCUCUCCCCUCUUCUCUCUCUCCUCUCUCUCUCUCUCCAUCUACCUCUCUCUCUCUCUCUUUUUCUCCUCUGCUCUCCUUUCUCAAAAAAGAAAGCCAUGACGGCGAUCCCGCGAUCCAUCUUCGCCUCCGCGCCAUCUUUCUUGUAUUAUUUCUAAUUUAUUUUCUUUUUUUUUUUUUCUUUCAUUCUUGUGUGGAUGUCAGAGGCGUUGUUGGAUGAAGACAUUUCUUUUUUUUUGCCCCACUGGAGUCUCUCCUCUCUCCUCUCUAACCCGAUGUGAUCCGCGCUGAACGCCGCCGCAGCAGCAGCAGCAGCCUCCAGCAGACACCACCAUGUCUCGCCGCAAGCAAGGCAAACCUCAGCACUUAAGCAAACGGGAUUUUUCGCCAGCCGAGCCCCUCUCCACGGCCGUCGUCUCGUCGGAGGAGCUGUCGGAGCGCUGCUCGGAGCACUCGGAGGAGACUGGCAGCCUCAACGGGCACCACCCGGGCUCCGCCGUGGGCCGGUUGGCCCGGCUGGGUCACGAUGCUCACCCCUCUCUGGAGCAGGACCUGCUGACCUGCGGCCAGUGCCAAGCCACCUUCCCCCUGGCGGACAUCCUGCUCUUCAUAGAGCACAAGAGGAAGCGAUGCAAUGGGCCGCCCUGCCUGGCCGUGGGCCGGGGGCUGGACAAGCCCCCCUCGCCCUCCCCUGGCCUGGCCCUCACCCCGUCGCCCGCAUUUGGCUCCCUGCGCAGGCGGAGGCCUGUGGAAGUGGGUGUCCAGGCCACGCUGGCAGAUGAUGACGAUGACCGGUUCUCAUUGCCCCGGGGGAUUUGUCCCAAACAGGAGCCCCUCCCAGCGACUCCUGGUCUUUUUUUCAACUGGGAUGCAAAACAACGAGCAACACCCGUCGCUGGUGUGACUACAUCCCGUUACGAAACACACAGGCAUCGUAGCUUCAGAGAGAGAGACGUCACUACGCAACUUUUGGGUAAGGAGGAGCCGACCACCUAUACCUGCACUACAUGUAAGCAGCCGUACGGCAGCGCCUGGUUUUUGCUGCAGCAUGCUCAGAACACCCACGGCUUCCGCAUCUACCUGGAAAGUGAACACGGUAGCCCUCUCACCCCACGCAUGGGUGGGCCAUCCUCCCUGGGCGGGGGCGCAGACUGCCCUUCUCAGCCUCCUCUUCACGGCCUCCAUCUGCCUCCUGAUGCAAGCCCCUUCAACCUCCUCCGCAUCCCUAGCUCGGGCUCAGGUGGAAGGGACAGCGUCGGGAUGGGGGGUGGACUUGGUGGAAUUGGUGCCAUGGGCGCCGCUGGUGGGGGCCAUCAUCAGCGGUUCCCUCCUACGCCACCCCUCUUCAGCCCCCCUCCAAGGAACCACCUGGAUCCCCACCACCUGAGCCCAGAGGAGCUGGCGCUGGCAGCCCACCACCCGAGUGCCUUUGACAGGGUGCUGCGCCUCAAUCCCCCUCUGCCCCUGGACCCCCCUCCGACAAUGGACUUCUCGCGGCGGCUACGGGAGCUGGCGGGCAACAAUGCAGAGUCCACUCCCCCACUAUCCCCCAGCCGGCCCAGCCCCAUGCAGCGCUUGCUCCAGCCAUUCCAGACAGGAGGAGGGAACGGAAAUGGAGGAGGUGCAGGGGGCAGCAAACCUCCAUAUCUUGCCACCCCACCGCCUCUUCCAGGCUCCAUGCAGUCACCCGUGGGUUCUCAGACCACUCCUACUACCCCUCUCCCCUCAGCAGGGGCAACACCCUCCUCCACAACCCCCUUGAAAUCAAAGUGUUGUGAGUUUUGUGGCAAGGCCUUCAAGUUUCAGAGUAAUCUAAUAGUGCACCGGCGCAGCCACACAGGAGAGAAGCCGUACAAAUGUCACCUGUGCGAUCAUGCUUGUACGCAGGCUAGCAAACUGAAACGCCACAUGAAGACACAUAUGCACAAAUCCUCCUCGCCAAACGCGGGCAAGUCAGAAGACGGUCUCUCGACAGCGUCCUCUCCAGAGCCUGGCACCAGCGAGCACUUGGGCAGUGCAAGCAAUGCCCUUAAGUCAGUGGUGGCCAAGCUGAAAAGUGAGAACAACCGCAGGCUACGCGAGAACGGGGAGGAGGAGGAGGAGGAAGAGGAGGAAGAAGAAGAGGAAGAGGAGGAGGAAGAAGAGGAGGAGGAGGAGGAAGAGGAGGUAGAGGAGGAAGAAGUGCCGAACGGAGAAAGGGGAGUCAGAAGAAACAACAAUACCUAUCAUUUUGGUUUGAACCUUGAAGCAACACGACAGCAUGAAAACAACGGUGGUAUAGGAAGCCGACUGGGAGGCGUCGCCGAGGAGGGGCCCAUCCCUCGCUCACUGCCUGAGGUGAUGCAGGGGAUGGGCCUGGCCGCCAGCAUGCACCACUUCAGCGAAGCCCUCAGCGCACACAAACGAAAUGCCAUGGCCAAGGAGAACCACCUGCACCACCACCUCAACCAAGACCAUCACCACAAUCGUGAGAUAUGUGAUGGGAACUCGGUGUUGGAAACAGAUCGCGGGGAGGAGGGCUCUGUCUCGACAGUCAACGGGCGGGGAGCAUCCCCUAACGAAUCUGCCUCUGUUGGCCUCUCUAAAAAACUGCUUCUGGGUAGCCCCAGUCCACUCAGUCCUUUCUCCAAACGCAUCAAGCUGGAAAAGGAGUUUGACCUGCCCACUCCCACAAUCCCUAACACAGAGAACGUCUACUCCCAGUGGCUGGCCGGCUACGCCGCCUCCCGACAACUCAAGGACCCUUUUCUGAACUUUGGGGAUUCCAGACAAUCGCCCUUCGCCUCUUCGUCUGAGCAUUCUUCAGAGAACGGCAGUCUGCGUUUCUCGACCCCUCCGGGGGAACUGGACGGCGGGAUGUCGGGCCGCAGUGGUACAGGCAGCGGGGGCAGCACACCACACAUCGGGGGUCGGCCCGGCUCCAAGGAGAGCCGCAGGAGUGACACUUGUGAGUAUUGUGGCAAGGUGUUCAAGAACUGCAGUAACCUGACAGUGCACCGGCGCAGCCACACAGGGGAGAGACCAUACAAGUGUGACCUGUGCAAUUAUGCUUGCGCCCAGAGCUCCAAACUUACUCGCCACAUGAAGACCCAUGGUCAGGUGGGCAAAGACGUGUACAAGUGUGAAAUUUGUAAGAUGCCCUUCAGUGUCUACAGCACCUUGGAGAAACACAUGAAAAAAUGGCACAGUGACCGUCCUUUGAGUACCGAAAUAAAGUCAGAGUAGAAGGCCGAACUAUGGGACCUUUUCCCCGCAGCUAUGUCCGCCAUUAGUCCCCUGUUUAUUCCCAGCCCCUUGUAGAUUUGCCCCAAACCCCAACACUCCACUUUCGCCAGUCUGGUGGAAGCUUAAGACCAUGUGCUCUGCACCAGCACACCCCGUUUCCAUUACCCAUUGAAUGCAUGAUCUGUAUCGGGGCAAUACUCUUGCAUUGACGCAAAACUUCGAGCCUUUCUCUUGUGCAAUAAUUUACAUGUUGUGUACUAUUUUCUUUUUUGAGUUUUCCUUUUCCAUUUUUAAGAAUUAGUCAGCAUGCAUAGUAUGUUUUUGCUAAUCAAAAAAAGAAAAGAACUUGUCCCUGGUUGGUUAGUUGUUGAGUAAAUGUGUUGCUGUUUUUCUCUUGUUCUGUUUUUUCUUUUUAUUCUUCAAAAAGAGAAAAGACAAGAAAGAUACAUCCAUGCUGCAUACAUUCUGUAACACAUAUCAUGUACAGUUUUGUUUUGUGACAUGGAAAAUGAACAGUCUGUGACUUGACCCUCCUCUUACAACCCUGGAAAUGCACUCAUCCGGAUCUUUAUAAAAGACGGCAUGUUCACCGGGGGUUAAAAAAAAAAAAAAAGAAUCAAUGCAUUGGCUUGAUGACUAAACUGAAAGUAACAACAGCCUUCAAAUUUCUUUCAAAAAGACAAGGGUGUGCUAAUAAUUCAAUUUGUACUAUCAUUUGGUAGAAAAAGAAAGAGUGCCUUUGAUAUCUCAAGACUGCAUUGGCCAUAAUCUUAUCUGGUAUAAGUUUGGGGUCACAUUAGAUAAAGCUAAAAGGUUUAAGCCACCCAGGAAAGGUCCUUGCAUCAAGCACCUGACUGCUCAAAUGGACUGUGACAACUCAUGAUGAAAGCUCAGAGAGUUCUCGUCAAUCAUCAUUUAGCUACCUAUUACAUGUUCAAUAGGCUAUCUUUAAUAUGUGGAUUUCAUGGCAAGCAUGGUACAAGCAGUAUUGUGUAUAUCUGAAUUAUUUGUAGUUUUGUUUCUGGUAAGGAGGUACUUUUGAGAUAAAGGUAACCUGUAAUGUACAAUCCUGAACUUGAGGGAUACAGCGCAUGGCUGAGAGGCGUCAUGUAUCUGCGUUAGCACAAAACCUACGACGCUGUUUCGAUAUGUCAGUGUGUGGAACAAUGCAUAAAGUAAUAUAUGAGCUCCAAGUGAGGCUAACUUUAUUUGAGAGCAUUGAAAUAACUACAAACUAGACCGACAGAAAGCUACACAGAACUGGAAGCUAUACGUGCAUAUUACGGGGGAUCAGAGGCAAUCUCUUUCACUUUACAUUUCUAGUAUCAAAACAGGGUCAUUAACUUUGAAUUGCAGAGAAAAAGAAAAAGAAAGAAUUGCAAAAAAUAUCUGUACUCCAGGGCUCUUGAAAAGAGUGAAUGCGAUGAUUUUAAUCAGUAUGCAUAGGCUAAUGCAGGGCACAUUUUUUUUGUUGUUUGCUGUUGCUUUUCAACCCAAAAAGGAGAGUUUUUUUUUCCUUGUUGAGUUUCAUUCAAGCUGUUCAUCGUAUAGCACUUGUCACUCUGCCUGGGAGUAAGUACCGACAUCUCUCUCUUGCAUUUUCCCACACUGAUGCAAUGUUGGUACAUUGGUUGAGUCUAAAAGCUAGAUUGUCAUUUAUAGGACAUGAAGUGCACUGUUUCAAUUUUCCCAGUUUACAAGUUUACGCUGAAGGGGAAAACACUGUUGAAAUGCUGUCAGAUGUCGAGGGUCCCAUUGUUAAAAGCAGUAAAAGAUGAGACACAUAAUCUGUUGCCAGCAACUCCACCCUCAUGAACCUUGACCUUUGUACCCUUGCCGUUUCACCUUUGACCAUUUGUCAAUUUGUUACCCCUAGAAACCUCAGCGCUUAGGCCUGGGCUGAAAAUUCACCCUGUCGGCAAGGUCUGUAGAUAAAAAGGUUUGAUGCGAGUUACGUACGUAACCAGCGCUCCAACGCGAUCACAGAAUGGAUGCGGCUCUCAUUUGGCCACACAAGCACCAAACAUCCACAUCUUUUAAGGAGCUGUAUUGUAACUUUUAUUGUCAUCUACACCUGAAUAAUCUACAGACCUUGCUGGCUAAAACAACAAAUCUUGUUGCUCACACUGCGAGAAUCUGUUUUUGUAAAAAAUCUUCCUUUAAUUAUAGAUAUGAAAAUAAACGUUUUUGCAAAUAACACUUCACUAUCUUUUAGGGGAAACUGUAUUUAAGUUUUGUUGUCGUUUCUCUUUUCCUCAGCGUCUUGGUGGUGUUCAAGACUCCGAUCACAGUAUAUAUGAAAUGAAACAAAAAAAAAAAAGACGAAAAAACAAACAAAAAAAAAAAUUCUGUGAUGGUUUUGUAUUUUCUUUUGCCUUGGCUCUUCACAGCUCUUCAGGUUGAAAUACAAUUUGCAUUGGGGAAAGGAUUAAGAUUAUAUAUGAAUAUAUAAUAAAGAACUUAAAAUAUAGGAAAAUGCACACUCAUGUCGAUUCCUAUGCUUAAACACAUUUAUGGUCUACUUUUUCUGUAUUUCUAGAAUUGUAUUUGAAUUCAAUGUUCACUUAGAGUAGGCACUAUAGUAUUUAUAUUGAGGCUUGUAUUUUUAACUGUUGCUUGUUCUCUCUAAAAGGUAUUUACCAUACCUUUUUUUGGUAGUGGAAAAAAAAAUCCCAAGCUGCCACGGUAUAUUUUUUUAAUUUGGCAGGAUAAUAUAGUGCGAAUUAUUUGUAUGUUUAAAGAAAUAAAAGGAAAAACCCCAUAAAAAAGCAGCUAAAGUAUGUGGCAUUGGGAGGCAUCACGGGCCAUCAGAUGGCCGCCGCUCUGUUUCCUGUCCACAGAGGUGGUUGUACAUAUCUUCUUUGGUUUUUGGUUCGGACCUCCUUCCCCCCCGCUGCCAUUCUUGUAUGCAGUAAUGCAAGCUGACGUCGGCCUGUUCUGUUGUGUGCUUCUGUCUCUCUCACCCCUCCCACCUGACUACAUUCCAACAUCAAGAAGAGAGGAAAAAAAAAGAAAAAAAAACUUCAUAUGCAGUACAUGGAUUACGAAAAAAGCGUCAAAAUAAAUACAUUUAAAAAGAAA